GACAGUCAAGCGUGGAGGACCGUCGAUGGUACGCGUUCACAAGUUUGCAUGCGAAACGAAUACAAUGUACGCGCGUGCGUUCGCGUUCACCGCGAUGCAGGAAUCCGAGGACGUCGGGGUGCGUAGCACGUGAUUGUGCGUGAGUGUGUGAGUUCGUGCAUACGUCCGGGGCGCGGACUGCGCUUUACGGAUGAUUUCGCGCCACGAACAUGGAGCCUUAUCGACGUAUACUUUUCGAGUGCCGUUAAGGAUCAUCAUGAGCAUCGACUAUGGAGAGAGUCACGAUUGUGUCCUAGAUCCGUGAUUCGAGAUAAAGAGAGAAAGAGAGAAAGAGAGAGAGAGAGAGAGAGAGAGAGAGAGAGAGAGAGAAGAAGAAGAAGAAAAGCAAAAAGGACAAUUAGAAAAAAAGAAAGAACAUCAAAUCGGUUGGCGAAUUCGAUUAAAUCCGCUGCGCAUUAGAGCCGAUAUUGCUUCGAUUAAGUGUUACUGGAGGUGACUGUAAACAGCAUGACAUUGAUAGUGUCAGUUAUCGUUAUUCUAUCCGUCUUGGCUAAUGUCUUGCUAGCCGACCUCGAUCCUCGGGGUACCAGGUGUGGCGAGAUACUUUGCAACAUCUCGCAGUAUUGCAGUCCCUUCGAUCUGCAUUGCAAACCAUGUGCAGAUGCAUGUAACGCCACGAGUCACAAUUAUCAGCCAGACGAGUGCAAGAAAGACUGUCAAUUUUAUCUUCAUGAUCAGCGCUAUAUUCAACGCAUGGAUCAAUCAAGACAGUAUGAUGAUCUCAGAGAGGAGAUCGAGAGGCUUAAAUAUAGAUUCGUGAUCACAACGAUUUUGACCUGUUUCUCACUGCUCGGAAUGUUGUAUCUGCUGGCAAGGACCUUAAUACGAUGGAAAAGGAUUCAAGAGUCCUUACAAACUAUAUUUCGAAAGAAUAUAAAAGUGAAGCAGGCUAAUAAGAACAAAGUGCAAGAUGACGUCGAGGCCGCGACCAAUAAACAAAAUGGUCUCAAGUUGACUAUACCAAGCAUAAGUGCCACGGUGGAACAAGAAUCCAAAAUCGAGAAUAAUAACAGUAGUAGUAAUAGUAAUAGUAAUGGGAUUAAUACUACACCGAACACCACGAGCACUCCUCUCUCACGACGGCAUGCUAGCGAGGAUACUACUCUCGAUUAUGCUUACGAUAAUCCGGCGAUGACACCGAGCCCGGACUCCGCGCAACUUAAGACGAAGGCUCGCGAGAGUUCGUUUUAAGAUUAUGGGUAUUUAUGAUAAGAAUAUAUAUACGCAGGAUCAUUCUCGACUUUACUUGAAAAAGUAUAAAUCUUGAGGUACUUAAAAAAGAAAAGCAUUGAGAAAAUAAAUAUUUGCUAGUUCUAAAAAUACAUUUUAUGAAAAAGUGAACAAGAUAUACAUAUCUAGAAUAUUGAGGAAAAGAUUUCUUUAUCAGAAACUUCGAUAAUUCUGGUUUAAGUGGACAGGAAAAUGAAAAUAAGAGAAGGUGUACGCGAAGCGUAUAGGCGUAAAAUGUGACGUGGCUAUUCUGUCUUGUUCUGUGAAUACAUUGAGAUGUAUAAAAUUUUUCGCGUUUUUACAACGUUUUUCGAGCUACAUUGUUAAUACAUAUUGGAAUGUAUGAGCGAUUACUCAAUGAGAAAUCACUCAAUGCAUCGUUUUGUCUUUUUUAAAUGCUCUCGCAAUUUUACGUACGUUGAACAGUUUUUAAGAAUGAUAUUCAUAGUCGAUAGUUCUAUGAAUGACCACAGAUCAUAGAGAAUAAUCAUAUUUCUACAUAAUUAUUUUUUAUUCUCGAUAAUCCCUGAAUCAUUAAACGCCAAGUCAUGAAACAUGUGAUUUCCUGAUAUUUUGAUGACUUGGAGAAAUGAUCUGUUGGUGCAUGGCUCAUUUUCGACGUAUUAAUUACAUUUUGAUGGAAGAAGUAUUUGAAAAAUAACGUUUAUGUAACUUUUACAUCGAGACUAUAAACGUUGUCUUAAUAGAUCACUUGUACAGUUAUAAUAUAGUAACGUAAGUUUUGGAGUGACUCGUGAAUGCGUGUUACGCCUCCGCGAACCAUGCGGCUGUGUGACUUAAUUAAAUAGUUAUUAACGCGACAUGCUCGCGAGACAUAGACGCGCGCGGUGCAAUCUUCUCGACUUUAUCUUCUUGAUCUUAAACUGCUGGUGAAACAUUAGAUUCCGUGAAAUUACUAUAAUAACUCCAAUACCUUCGUCUGUUAGAUAAGCUGUAAAUGUCCCUAAAGUUAUCCUUUUGCUAGUUCUUUAAAUAAAUUUUUUAAUUUAUUUUAUAAUUAUUAUCUUCUAUUGAUAAAGGCUUUAUGCAUUGAUAUUUACUGUGAUUAAAUUAAUUCCAUUUACAGAUGAAAUUAAUGAAUGAUUAAUAAAAAAAAAAUUCAAUAUUUUUUACGAAAUUUUGUUCAUAGUGUUUUUACAAUUGCUAAAAUUAUAUCAAUAGCCCGCAUUAAAGAUCGACGAUUGAAGAGCACAUAAAUUUUAUUGUAUUAUGCACAGCGCGCGUCCAUUUAGAAUUUUAAUAAUAAAUAUUUUAAGAAAUCGCAUCCUUAUCAGCCAUUCCGUCCAUGAAAGGCCUUCCGAGCAAACGUGUUGCGUAUAAGGUCGCGCACAUUGCAUAGGUCAGUGACGUUGCACGCAAGAACGAAGGGAAAUCGAUAACAAUUUUAUUGCAAACCGCGGUGAACUGACACAAUGCAUUCUUGUGAAAUUCCGCGGCAAUGUAAAUUCAAAUAA